ACUUCUACUGAGAGAGAACAGCUACAGGAAGGAGUUCUGGGACUUCAACCAGCUGCUGAAACCACAAACUGAACAGACUAAAUGGCUUCCAGAUCAGAGGAGGAUCUCUGCUGUCCGGUCUGUCAUGAAGUCUUCAGAGAUCCUGUUGUUCUGUUGUGUAGCCACAGCUUUUGUGAAGACUGUCUGCAUGGCGGCUGGAGAGAGAAACAGACACAGGAGUGUCCAGUUUGUAGGAAAAGAUCCUUGUCUAAACCACAUGUUAACCUGGUGUUGAAGAACCUGUGUGAGGCCUUCAUACAGGAGAGAGAUCAGAGAUCUUCAGAGGCUCUCUGCUGUCUGCACUCUGAGAAACUCAAACUCUUCUGUCUGGAUCAUCAGCAGCCAGUGUGUGUUGUCUGCAGAGAUUCAGAAACCCACACCAACCACAGAUUCAGACCCAUCGAAGAAGCUGCACGACAACACAAGAAGGAACUUCAGGAAACUCUGGAGCCCUUAAAGGAGAAGCUAGAGGUUUUUGAACGAGUAAAAGUGGAGUGUGAUAAAACAGCAAAACAUAUAAAGGCCCAGGCCCGACGCACAGAGACAGAGAUUAAGGAUCAGUUUAAGAAGCUUCACCAGUUUCUAGAAAAUGAAGAGGAGGCCAGAAUGGCUGCACUGACGGAGGAAGAGGAGCAGAAGAGUCUGAAUCCAGACACCGAUCCCGAGCCGACACGCCGGCCCGAGGAUCCCGGAAAGUGGACUCUGGACUGGGACGGAGGAAAGCUGUGGUUCUAUGAUCUUUUGUACUAA